AUGGGCAAAUCAGCUGCUGUCCGAAUGAUUAAUCGCCCGCUCAUUUCGAACACAUUUCACCCAAUUUUGAUUCGAUUUCGCUUGUCUCGAGGCAAAAGAGCCGCCACAAUCAUGAACAAUCUGAUUGUUUCAAUUGUAAUUCUAGUGUUCGUGGUAAGUUUUGUCUAUUUUUCAAAAAAAACUGUUUACAAACACUUAAAGUUAGUUUUAACUAAGUCCUUGCCAUUUCUUGCUUUAUAAAGAAAGUUCUUGCCAUUUCUUGCUUUGUAAAGAAAGUUCUUGCCAUUUCUUGUUUUGUAAAAAAAGUUCUUGCCAUUUUUUCUUUGUAAACAAAGUUCUUGCCAUUUUUUCUUUGUAAACAAAGUUCUUGCCAUUUCUUGCGCUGUAAGGAAAGUUUUUGUCAUUUCUUGCUUUGUAAAGAAAGUUCUUGCCAUUUCUUGUUUUGUAAAGAAAGUUCUUGCCAUUUUUUCUUUGUAAACAAAGUUCUUGCCAUUUUUUCUUUGUAAAGAAAGUUCUUGCCAUUUCUUGCGCUGUAAGGAAACUUUUUGCCAUUUCUUGAACUGUAAAGAAAGUUCUUGCCAUUUUUUCUUUGUAAAGAAAGUUCUUGCUAUUUCUUGCUUUGUAAAGAAAGUUUUUGCCAUUUCUUGCUUUGUAAAGAAAGUUCUUGCCAUUUCUUGCGCUGUAAAGAAAUUCCUUGUCAUUUCUUGUUCUGUAAAGAAAGUUUUUGCAAUUGUCAUACAGAAGUAGCAAUUUGUAAAGAAAAAUUUUGAUUUUUUAGAAAUUCUCAAGCUCCGAACAAGACUGCCAAUUCAGUAUGAGACGUAUACCCGAAUAUAGUAGUGUUAUACGGACUGAUAAUGCUGGCCGAUCAUGUCGUGGUAAUAUCGAUUUACCGUACUGUAAAGGAGCUUGCUUGACUUCUGAUGUAAGCAUCAGUUUUUGAUUUUUUGAUUUUAGGGUAUGGCUAGGAUAACAAUAGGAAAGGGUAGGGUAAGCUAGAGAAAAGUAGGGUAAGCUAGGGUAAGACAACACUAAAGCAGGGUACAGCUUUCAUUUUCCCAAUUUUCAGGAAGGAGUUCACGUCUUCCCCUACCGUCAAGCCAACAGCUCCGUAUGUGCUCUAAUUGGCACCGACGAAAAGAAUGUCACACUGCACGAUUGUGACAAAGAUGCGGACGAAUCUGUUCGCUACGUCACAAUAUCUGCUUCAACUUCAUGCGGAUGUCAAAAAUUAACGGAUGGCGGUCAUAACUAA